AAAGAUAAAAAGAAAAAAAAACCAUCCCUGCCUUCUCCGCUCCAAUUCACACACCCUUCCUCCUGCCUUUUCCCCUUCCUUUUGCCUAUAUAUACCUCCCAUAUUUAGCCAUUACCUCCAUUGCCAACCAUCAUCUCCCUAUAGAGAAAGAAAACCAAAUACUUGUAGCAAAAAUGGGUUCUCUCCCUCAUGUAGUAGAAGAUUGCGGUGGUGUUGUCCAACUCUUUAGUGACGGAACCAUUUAUAGGUCCAAAGAUAUAGGGUUCCCCAUGCCAAUCAUCAACGACGAGUCCGUCCUCUUCAAAGACUGCCUCUAUGACAAAACGUACAACCUCCACCUCCGUCUCUACAAACCCACUUCAAUAUCACUAUCAUCCCCUACAAAGAAGCUUUCCAUCAUACUUUACCUUCAUGGAGGUGGAUUUUGUGUUGGCACGCGUGAGUGGCCUAACUGUCACAACUGCUGCCUUAAACUAGCUUCUGGGCUCAAUGCACUCGUUGUCGCCCCUGACUAUCGUUUGGCCCCUGAACAUAGGCUACCGGCGGCCAUGGAGGAUGGACUUAGUGCCUUGCAGUGGCUACAAGCUCAGGUUUUGAGCGACAAAGGUGAUGCAUGGGUCAAUGGUGGUAAAGUUGACUAUGACCAGGUUUUUGUUUUGGGCGACUCAUCUGGUGGCAAUAUUGCACACCACAUAGCGGUUCAGAUCGGUGUCGGUUCGACCAGGUUGGCUCCGGUUCGGGUAAGAGGGUAUAUCCUACUAGCACCAUUUUUUGGUGGGGUUGCUAGGACAAAGUCAGAGGAAGGGCCCAGUGAACAGUUGUUGAACUUGGAAAUACUGGACCGUUUUUGGAGGCUAUCCAUGCCUGCUGGGGCAAGUAGAGACCACCCAUUGGCGAACCCCUUCGGACCAGGUAGCUUGAAUCUUGAGGUGGUGGCUCUUGAUCCCAUCAUGGUGAUCGUAGGUGGCUGUGAACUGUUGAGAGAUAGAGGUGAGGAUUAUGCAAGGAGGUUGAAGGAGAUGGGAAAGAAAAUUGAGUAUGUUGAAUUUGAGGGAAAGCAGCACGGUUUCUUCACCAAUGAUCCUUACUCAGAAGCUUCAGAAGAAGUUAUUCAAGUCAUGAAAAAGUUUGUGAUUGAAAACUCUAGUUAAAUAUUAAGCAGCAUCUGUCAAGUCCUCAUCUACUCAUUACUGGCUACCAGCUACUGGUUACUUUUUUUUUUUUGUUUUAGUAUAAGGAAAUCAAUUACAUAUAAUUUCUGGCGUCCUUACUUUUUCGAGUCCUUAGUUAUGUAUUAAAUUCUAUAUAAUAAGUGGGUUUGUAAAUAUUAUUUUUCUUUUGUUUU